ACAAAACCUUAGCUGAACCGGAACACAUCGACCAGAGAGAAGCGAAGAAGGAAAAUGGCGGCAGCGGCCAUAGCCGUUCAUCUCCCCAAACAUUCUUCGUUUCUUCCGAAACCCAAACUUCCUUUGGAUAAAAACAUCAUCUUUCUCGGUGGGUCAUUGAAUUUAAGUCGACCCAUGUCCGUAAACCGAGAGAUUAAAGCUCCGGUUAUGGUUUCUGCUUCUUCGUCGAGCAAGUCCGUCGUUACUGAUGACGACUUAGACGGAGAUCGGAGCAAGCGGUUUUAUUUUAACUUCACUGGCUUUCCUUUUCCCCUUGGCCCUUUCCUUAACCGGCGCACCAUCAGAACCGAGGCGGUUAAAGGUUGCAUAUGGAUGUUUGAACAAGAACAAGCUUUAGGUUUUAGCAGUGUGUCCACGAAUAUUCGAAUGACUGUCAUCAAACUAAAAUCUGGAGGUUUAUGGGUUCAUGCUCCUAUUGCUCCCACCAAGGAGUGUAUUCAGCUUAUUAAGGAGUUGGGAGCUCCCGUUGAGUACAUUGUCCUGCCAACAUUUGCUUAUGAGCACAAGAUUUUUGUCGGUCCAUUUUCUAGAAAGUUCCCUAAGGCUCAAAUAUGGGUGGCACCAAGACAAUGGAGCUGGCCAUUGAACCUACCACUCGAGUUUUUCGGUAUCUUUCGUGCUAAUAUCAUUAAAGACGGGGACUUAUCUACGCCAUGGGCUGAGGAGAUCGAGCAGAAAGUCCUAAGCUCUCCAGAAGUUGGAAUUGGACCAUAUGUUGAAGUAGCGUUUUACCAUAAGCGGUCAAGAACACUUUUAGUCACUGAUGCUGUGAUCUUCGUCCCACGGAAACCUCCCUCAAGUAUCAGUAACGAAUCCUUGUUGGCCUCGGCUAAGAAUGGACUAGCUGUGAAGAUACUUAGCAAAGGAAAAGACGUUCCUAAUGAUCCAGUGGUUGAUAAUCCCAACACCCGCCAAAAAGGAUGGGAAAGGAUGGUUUUGCAAAUCCUAUUUCUUGGUCCCUCGAAUCUCUUGGAACCAAACGCAAGCUUCGCAAAAAUGUCGCAGAAACUGAUCGUUUCUCCCAUUGUAAAGACUCUGGUCUUUAGCAAAGUCCCUGAGAAGGUGAGGGAUUGGAUAGAUGAGAUAGCCCGUGACUGGAGAUUUAAAAGGAUAAUCCCAGCUCAUUUCGAAGCUCCAAUAAACGCAGGAAGAUCAGAGUUUCUAGCUGCAUUUGGAUUCCUAGAUGAUCUUCUAGGGGAAAGAUAUGUAACUCAGCCUUCGCUCUCUCUUAUCUUCACGUCGCUAAUGGGAAAAGCUGCGAGCUAUUUUCCUCCGGACGAUAUGAGAACUCUCUCUUCUCUUGAUCAGUUCUUAGUCUCUGUUGGAGCUGUGAAAAAGACAGUCUCUGGUAGAAAAGGAAGAUGAUGGAGAAAAAUAGAAAAAGGAUUAAGUCUUCAAAUGUUGUUUGUUUACUGAAGCUCUCUGUGGGUUAACAUAGUAUGUACACACACUAGGGCUUUAUCAUUUCAUCGCCUUACUUCAUCUGGUGUUGAGAGUGUAGUCAAACAGAGAACAAGGUGUAGAUAUAUUACAUGUCGCAAAGAAGCAAUUUAUAUAUCUAAUGGUUUUAGGGAUA